GGACGUUCUGUUUGGUGUACAAAAUUGCCGUUACCAGCAAUUCCGUAAUAUUGUGUACUGUACAUCAGUUACAGAUAAUAUUCUACAGGUAAUUUCUCACAAUGUACACAAUACUAUUCAUUGUUGGAUUCACCGUAGGAACGUUUGGAUCAGAAGAAUUGAAAAGAAUUCAUCGUAAAAAGGAUUGUAGAUUAGGAGAUGUCGAACGUAUAACUGUAAGGGAUCUAGAAUCCCUAGUAGAGACAUUUGCUAAAAACGAAGGAAUAACUAUUAGCACUCUAUUAUUACGUUUGUAUCAAACGUCCAGAAGCAAACAAAACCUGAAAAACGAAGCUUUCCUCAACUCUUUGGAAGAUAUUUCUAUACAGGAAUUAUUAGACUCUGACAUAGAAUUACCAGUGAUUCCUGAUAAUCUGCCUCCGCAACCGAGCGAUAUAUUUUCGUUUCCAAAAAAUCUACCGAAGGGAAAAAUACCGAAGCCAAUUGAACCAUUUUUACCUCCUAAAAUACCUCACCCGCCAUUGAUAUAUCCAGAACCACAACACGAAUUACCACUAAUGUUUCCAUCUCCACCUAAAUUACCACUUCCUAACGUAGUACCGAUAUUGACGCCUCUUCAUUCACUAAGACCGCCGCCAGGUGCCGUGGUUAAAAUUAACGCAGGAGAUAGCAGAAUCGAAAUUCCCGAAGUUAUCGUUACGGUAUCGCCUAUGAUGACGGUAGUAGAAGCUUUACGUCAAGCAGACAUUAAGUUUCAAAGAGAAUUAGGUUUUUCUCCCAACGAUGAAGUCAUUUCAUUUCAUCAUUCACCUUUAGUCGGUUGUUACGUUGUUAGCAGAUUCGAUACAAUUUCUAUGAAAAAAGAUCUGAUGUGGAAGAUUACAAUUUCAGAUCGAGAAGGAAAAACGGUGUAUGAUGGCAUUUGUAUUCCGUCGGGUAGAGAUGUUAUAAUCAAGCCAGGAAUGAUUAUUUCAUUGACCUACACCCCGUUUUAAAAUAAAAGGUAUUUGUAAAUAGAAAAUAAAAGAACUAUAAGAAACCAUGACGACCCCAAAUUUGAAAAAGUCAAGAGUGUGAAAUGGAUUCGUGUACUAUUUGAUUGUGUUGUAAAUAUUCUUCCUUUUUUGUCUGUAUAGUAUUGUGUGAAAAAAUAAAAAAAUAUAUGUAUUAAUUCAAUUA